UCUAGAGAUGGAUGUUUUCCCUGUUUCAUGGGACUAAUUUUGUUCCUCUGAACCUUAAUGAAAUGAAUUCUUCAAGUGUUAAUCUGGCCAUGAAGAUAUGCUGAUGAGGUGAUCCUCGGGCAAGGUGACCGCAGACACUGACCAUGCCUAGAGGUGAAUGUCAAUGGACGAGUGGGACCGCUCAGCAUCGCACCCAAAGAGGCGCUUCCACUUGCCCCUCAUGGAAUAGCACUAUCUGCAUGUCGAUGAUGGGUAAUGCUCAUCCGUCAAUUUGUCGCCAGACGAACAGCAAGUCUCCGGUUGGGCCAGGUCAUCGAAGCUAACAUGACGUGAUGGUCUCGCGUCGAAACUCUGGGCUCCACGACACGCGGUUGCCAGCGGAAACCGUUGGAGCUCUACACUCUUCUCUCACUCGGUCUCUCGGUGUUUCUAUCAAGGUAGCUAGCUGUGCGUCUUGCAGCUUAACCGCCUUUGCAGCCUAAAGUGCCAUUAGCUGUAGAUAAGACAGGGUCCUGAAGAUCUCAUCCGCGGGUGGCAUAGCUCGUACAGGAGCUACCCUGGUCGGAUGGCAGAGUUGGUUGCAUCAGAGUGCGGCAUUGGCGCGGGGUCCGCUAUGUCCGCCAUGCUCGUCGUGCGUCUUGCGUCUUGCGCCACCGAGCCGUCCGGUGGCAUCAUCGCCCCGGCUCCACGGCACCGGACCCACGCCGAACAUCGGGAGGGGCAUUUUGGGGUAACUGGCGACAGAGUCCGGGAUGUCUCCAAGGUGCGUCACGUCACGUCAGGCUGGACGCGACCCCUCCAAAGCCCUAUUGCUACCCCGCGGACAGUUCCUCUCUUUUCCUCUGAACUUACCGCUGUGAUCCAGCCCUUGCAUUCUCCCGUAAUCUUUUGAGACGAACGCAGAGUAUCGCGCAACAAAACCGCAAAGGCAUCAGACCAGAUACAUCCAAGCAACCAUGACCGACACGACAGGAAGCAAGCCAAAGAAGAGCCUCGUGCUCAAUGCCUUCGUGGAGAUGUGCAGCGGGCACCAGUCACCUGGACUCUGGAGGCACCCCGACGACCAGUCGUGGCGCUUCAACGAGAUCACCCACUGGGUCGAGCUCGCAAAGCUGCUCGAGGAGGCCAAGUUCCACGGCAUCUUCAUCGCCGACGUUCUCGGUGGUUACGACGUGUACUCGCAGUCUCUCGACCCUGCAAAGAUCUCUGGUGCUCAAUGGCCCGUCAACGAGCCGCUGGCACCCAUCGCGGCUAUGGCUGCCGUGACGAAGAGCAUCGGCUUCGGCGUGACCGUCUCGACGACAUACGAGCAGCCGUAUCACUUGGCUAGGCGGCUGUCCACUGUAGACCACCUCAGUGGUGGCCGGCUAGGAUGGAAUAUCGUAACCAGCUACCUCGAUUCGGCGGCGAAGAACAUGGGCCUCGCCCAGCAGCCCCAGCACGACGAUAGAUACGCACAGGCCGAGGAGUACAUCAAGGUCAUGUACAAGCUCUUCGAGUCCUCGUGGCGUGACGAUGCCGUCAAGCUCGACCGCAAGUCGGGCGUCUACACCCAGCCCGAGCUGGUGCGCAAGAUCGACCACAACGGGCGCUUCUUCAACGUCCCCGGCCCGCACAUUGUGCAGCCCAGCCCGCAGCGCACGCCGCUGCUCUUGCAGGCCGGCACGUCCAAGGCGGGAAAGCAGUUCGCGGCGCAGCACGCCGAAGCCAUCUUCGUGUCGGCGCACGCGCCCGCCGUGUGUGCCAAGAACAUCGCCGAGAUCCGCCAGCUCGCGCGCGCGGAGUACGGGCGCGACGGGAACGACAUCAAGGUGCUUGCACUCGUGACGCCGAUCCUGGGAGCGACGGAGGAGGAGGCGCAGGCGAAGCUGGCGGACUACCGGCAGUACGCUUCGCACGAGGGUGCGCUGGCGCUGUUCGGCGGGUGGACGGGCAUUGACCUGAGCAAGUACGGCGACGACGAGGAGCUGAGGCAGGUCGAGAGCAACGCGGUCAAGUCAACGGUCGAGGGAUACGCGCGGUUCUCGCCAGGCACAGCCAAGUGGACGAAGCACACGAUCGCCGAGCACGUCAGCAUCGGCGGCAACGGACCCAUCUUCGUCGGUACGGCGGCGCAGGUGGCCGACGGGCUUGAGGCGUGGAUCGAGGAGGCCGACGUCGACGGCUUCAACUUUGCGUACGCCCUCUUCCCGCAAUCGUUUAAGGACAUCAUCGACCUGCUGCUUCCGGAGUUGCGUCGCCGCGGACUGUUCUGGGACGACUACGCCGUGCCCGGCGGCACAUACAGGGAGAACUUCUACCGCAAGAAGGGACAGACGGGGCCGUUGGACGAGCACGUGGCGGCGUCCUACCGGUGGAAAGCGGGUGUUCCGGCAGAGGAGGCCAAGAUUCCGGAAUAAGUGAGGAAGGAAUGGAACGAAUGGGCUAGAUAGGAGGCGAGAGUGGGUGAAAUAGUAAAAGAAUCCAGAAGAUCUAGAAGCUAUUCCGAAGUUUCCUUUU